AUGGCUGGAAAGCGGGUUCUCAGUGUUUACGAAAUACUUGGCAGAAGGUGGGUUUGUCGGUUUCGCAAUUCCAGCUUGAAGGCGGCAGUUCCAAACCUCCAACUCCAACACACUCGAAUCCACCACCGCUCGCCGUCGGUAAUGCCGAUUCCGCGCCGCCUGCCCUGCCUUCCCGCUGUCGCCGUAGCCGCCAGACGCUCGACCGCGAGCCUCGCCGUCUCCCAUGGUGGGACCGGCGGGAGGCCCUCGACGGCCAUCCUGGCCGCCGCCGCGACGGCAGCCGCGGCGGCGGGCCGCGCCUCCGAGUGCCAGUCGCUCCUCCUCCGCAUGUCGCGCCGCCGCGGGGCCUCCCGCCUCGACAUCGUGUCCUCCCUCCUCGCCUCCUCCCCGACCCCGCAGCCGCAGGUGUUCGACCUCCUCAUCCGCACCUACACCCAGUCCCGCAAACCCCGGGAGGCAUUCGAGGCCUUCCGCCUCCUGCUCGACCGCCGCGUCCCCAUCCCCGCCGCCGCCUCCAACGCGCUCCUGGCCGCGCUCUCCCGCGCCGGAUGGCCCCACCUCACCGCGGACGCCUACCGCCUCGUCCUGUCCUCCGACUCCGAGGUAAACACCUAUACGCUUAACAUCAUGGUCCACAGCUACUGUAAAGCCCUACAGUUCGAUAAGGUUGAUGCCGUAAUCUCCGAGAUGGAGAAGAGAUGCGUGUUUCCGGAUGUGGUAACCCAUAAUGUGAUGAUUGAUGCUAGAUUUCGUGCUGGGGAUGUUGAGGCGGCGAUGGCAGUGGUCGAUUCGAUGGUUAGUCAGGGGAUAAAGCCAGGAAUCUUGACGUAUAAUGCGGUGUUGAAGGGGUUGUGUAGGAAUGGAAGGUGGGAUAAAGCGAGGGAGGUGUUCAGGGCAAUGGGCGAGUGUGGGGUGGCUCCCGAUGUUCGGAGCUCCAACAUGUUGAUUGGGGGAUUUUGUAGAGUUAAGGAGGCUGAUGAGGCAAUGAAGUUUUAUAAGGAGAUGCGACGUCGUGGAGUCACACCAGAUAUUGUGAGCUUUAGUUGCCUGAUUGGGUUGUUUGCAAGGAGGGGGAAGAUGGACCAUGCGGCGGCCUACUUGAGGGAGAUGAGAGAGUUCGGAUUGAUGCCUGAUGGUGUGAUUUACACAAUGGUCAUUGGUGGAUAUUGCAGGGCUGGGUCAAUGUUGGAGGCACUGAGAGUCAGGGAUGAGAUGGUUGGCCGUGGAUGUUUGCCAGAUGUGGUAACUUACAAUACCUUGCUGAAUGGGCUUUGUAAAGAGCGUAGGUUGUCUGAUGCAGAGGAGCUUUUGACUGAGAUGAGGGAGAGAGGGGUUCCACCAGAUUUAUGCACCUUCACAACUUUAAUUCAUGGGUAUUGUAGGGAGGGUAACAUAGAGAAGGCAUUGCAACUAUUUGAAACAAUGCUGCAUGAGCGUUUGACGCCAGACAUUGUGACAUACAACACUUUGAUUGAUGGAAUGUGCAGACAAGGUGAUCUGGGCAAAGCUAAUGAGCUAUGGGAUGAUAUGCAUUCUCGAGAAAUCUUCCCCAACCACAUUACCUACAGCAUCCUGAUAGACAGCCACUGUGAGAAGGGACAAGUGGACGAUGCAUUUGGGUUUUUGGAUGAAAUGAUAAACAAGGGGAUUGUGCCAAACAUCAUGACCUAUAAUUCCAUCAUUAAGGGUUACUGCCGGUCUGGAAAUGUACUGAAGGGGCAACAAUUUUUGCAGAAGAUGAGGGAUGCCAAGGUGUUGCCUGAUUUAAUUACUUACAACACCCUAAUCCAUGGUUAUGUUAAAGAAGAGAAGAUGCAUGAAGCCUUUAAUUUGCUUAACAUGAUGGAGAAUGAAAAGGUUCAACCAGACACUGUGACGUAUAAUAUGAUUAUAAAUGGGUUUUCUGUACAUGGUAAUAUGCAAGAAGCUGAUUGGGUUUACAAGAAAAUGGGUGCUAAAGGAAUUGAACCAGAUAGAUAUACAUACAUGUCCAUGAUAAAUGGUCAUGUUGCAGCUGGGAACUCGAAGGAGUCAUUUCAACUUCAUGAUGAGAUGCUUCAGAAAGGGUUUGCUCCUGAUGACAAAUUCUGA